CUCGGGUUUCGGAUCGGGAGGAAACCCUCCCGCUGGAUCCGAAACAGGAAACGCUAUUUUUUCCAUACUAAAGUAAAGUACCCAUUUGCCUUAUAAUAUUUUAGCUUAGCCAAUAUGCUUUUUCCCGGAACAUUGUACAAUUAUCAGUAAACCUAACCUAACCUGCCCACUUUUGCUUUUCCACAUUCUACAAUAUAAUCAUAUGUAGUUCAUUGGACAAAAAUAAGAUUAUAUUUUGUACUAUCGUCUAAGCUUUGUAUAUCAUAGACAAAACAGUGAAUUAUUUAGUUGGCAUGCUUGACAUUGCAAUUUAUUUUUGACAUUGACAACUGUUUCUGUAAUUUCUGUUUGAUAGAUACGACGACUUCAAUCGAAGUUGGUAUUGAUUCAGUGGGUGAAAGCAAAACCUUGUUCCGGGCAUAAUAAUAAAGUGUAAAAUAAUUAUUUUGGCAUUUGCUUGACUAUCAGUGAUGACAGUGAUCUAAAAUUAUAGACCUUACUAGAGUUAGUGGUGGUGGGGCAGAGUGGGGAGUGACCCAAAGUACGGGUGGCCAAAGGGGCGUGCGCGAAGUUUUCCCUGCAAUAAAAUGUGGAACUAGAAGCAUUGCAGUGCUGGCUUGAGGCUGCAGAGCGGCGCGAUGGCGGCCGACACAGCAGUGGCGGCCAGCCCCGAGGAGACACUCGAGUCGCUGCUGCGUGAAGCCGAAGCACUCAAGCAGAAAUUGGAGGAAGAGCGUCAGAAGCUCAACGACGUAUCUCUGUCCUGUGUAGCAGAACGCCUCGAAACCAUUGCCUUCCCCAACUUAAAGCUGCGGCGCAUGCUCAAGGGCCACCAGUCCAAGGUGCUCUGUUCUGACUGGUCCCCAGAUAAAAGGCACAUUGUGUCUUCAUCUCAGGAUGGCAAGGUGAUGGUGUGGGACGCAUUCACGGCCACUAAAGAGCUGACGAUUGCAAUGCCGAGCACGUGGGUGAUGGCCUGUGCCUAUGCUCCGUCGGGCAACUUGGUCGCAGCAGGGGGGCUGGACAACAAGGUGACAGUGUUCCCGCUGGGCGGCGGCGCGGGCGAGGACGAGCCGGCGGCGCGCAAGCGCACGGUGGCGACGCACACGUCGUACAUGUCGUGCUGCCUGUUCCCCAACACGGACCGCCAGAUCCUCACGGGCAGCGGCGACGGCACGUGCGCGCUGUGGGACGUGGAGUCGGGCCAGCUGCUGCAGAGCUUCCAGGCGCACGCGGCCGACGUCAUGGCGCUGGACCUGGCGCCCUCCGACAUGGGCGACACCUUCGUGUCGGGCGGCUGCGACCGCGCCGUGCUGGUGUGGGACAUGCGCACAGGACAGGCCGUGCAGGCCUUCGACACGCACGACUCCGACGUCAACAGCGUCAAGUACCACCCCUCGGGGGACUCGCUCGUCACCGGCUCCGACGACUCUUGCUGCCGCCUCUUCGACCUGCGCGCUGACCGCGAGGUGGCGCGGUACAGCAAGGAGAGCAUCAUCUUCGGCGUCAACUCCGUGGAGUGGUCAGUGAGCGGACGCCUCGUGUUCGCGGGCUACAGCGACUACACGGCCUGCGCCUGGGACGCGCUGCGCGGCGCGCGCGUCUGCGUGCUCUGCGGGCACGAACACCGCGUCACGCGCGUACAGCUGGCGCCCGACGGCACCGCGCUGUCCACCGCCUCUUGGGACGCCACCAUACGCAUCUGGGCGUAGGCGCCAGCACCGCGUCACGCGCGUACAGCU